CAACAAAGAGAGAGAUUUCAUGGCAUGAAUGACGAGGUGCUAGUUAAUGAAAAUGAAGAUGGAUUAUGCGUAUCUGACGGACACAGUUGCUACAUUAGCAACGUUGUGUUCUAUCCUACAGCUUUCAAUCGGCAUAACCAUAUGCAAGCAAAUUGUUCAAAAAGGUAGUUCCUCUGACGUCCAGUUCUUUCCAUUUCUGGCCAUGUUCUCAAGUUGCUCAGUCUGGCUGAAAUAUGGUUUUUUAAAAGAGGAUACAGCGCUGAUAGUUGUCAAUAUAUUUGGGAUGUGUUUACAGUUCUGUUAUAUGACUGUAUAUUACUCAUACACCAACCAAAAAAGUUCAUUACAUCGACAGAUGUUGAUAGGAGUAUUAGCCAUUUUUCCCAUUUUAAUGCAUAUACGCUCACUCACUGACCCCGAGUUAGCUAAACGACGCCUAGGUUUAUACUGCUGUUCUAUGAGUGUGGUGUCCUAUGGUUCACCACUAUCAUCCGUUUCUGAGGUAAUAAGGACCAAAAAUUCAGGUGUGAUGUCAUUCCCGUUGGUGAUAGCUAAUGUGAUAGUUGGAGUUGAGUGGUCGUUGUACGGUGUGUUACGACAAGACAGAUUCCUUCAGGUGCCAAAUAUGAUCGGGACAGUUUUGGGAUUUUUGCAACUAUUGCUGUUCUUCCGUUUCCCGAUGAAGAGAGCACGUGUCAUCCAUAAGCCAGGAUCUUUACAGAACGUAUAA